AUGAAGCUCUCUGUGCUGCUGCCGCCGUCGCCUCAAAAGGUUUUUUGGUACGCCUUUCCUGCGUUGUCGCCCCCUCUUCGCUUUUUCGUUUCUUGCGCACAUCCUUCUGGAUACACACACGCUCACGCCAGAGAAGUCGCCUUCAUCUUUUAUUUUCUCUACCGUCACAUCCCACUUGCUCUCUUCCAUUAUAGCGCCCAUUUCAGUUGCUUCAAUCCUCCACCAUGCAGCACGUUAUCUUCUUCAAGUUCGACCUCGCAAAACUCAUACAGAGAGUUCCCCGGCAACUCUCUGUAUGAGGCCUUCGAGACGAUGCGCCGGGCGAAUAUCCCGGGGCUCCUGGAGUUCAACGUCAGCGCCAAAAACACCACAGCGUGGGAAGGCUACUAA